AACGGCAGAAGUAUCUUAUAAAAAGGCGGAAGAAUCAAACAUGAGCCAAAGUGUUAAACAAUUCUGCAAUUAUUGACUUCGUUGAACAGGUGAACUGGAAGGGAAGGAAAAGAUGUUGCGUUUUGAUAUCACUGCUGUAGUGCUGGUUGCUUGUCUUUUCAAUUUUGGUGUAUAUAUAACAGAUGCAGCAAUCACUGGCUGGGCUGCCCCAAGUAUCAUAUCUAGUGCUUCUGGUAAUGCGGACGACAUCACCAUAGCUGAGGAUAAAGCCCUCGAAGAUACAGUAGCAACAUUUAAUGCUACAAGUAACAAUGGUACAGUUGCUAGUUACGAAUUGGUAACAACGGGCACGCCUUUCGUUCUCAACUCAACCACUGGAGUGUUGACGUUAACCUCUGCACUAGAUUUUGAAAGUCAAAUCAAUCAUACUAUUGCAGUGAAAGCGACUGACGAUGGUGGUGCUGACGGCACUGCAACGGUGGUAAUCACAGUAACUGAUAUUAAUGAAGCAACCCCAACGUUUGGCGCAACGUCCUAUACUGUUUGCGUGACAGAUGGUUUAGUUGCAGGUACAAGAGUCACAACUUUCUCUGCCACUGAUGCAGACACAGCUGAUACCAUAACCUACUCGAUUCAUUCUGGAAACAAUAACACCGACCUCACAAUUUCGGCAGCAGAGCUAAAGGUCGCUUCAGGGAAAACCCUUGAUAAAAAUACAACAGACACCUAUUAUCUUGUCAUACAUGCUGUGGAUUCUGUCGGUACAGUAAGAACUGGCUCAGCUACAUACACAGUCAACGUCGAGACGUCAUGCAACAGUGAAGCAGCAGCUUUGACAAUGACAUUUAUUACACUUUUCCUGGCACUCAUAGCAUCUUUAAACUAAUUUUCUAAAGCUUUAUUCGAUUAAUCAACCGCCGACGGCUACAUAAUAGGCAAAUUAUGCCUCAGAAAUGAUUUUUAUUCCUGAAAAACUUUUUAUUUUAUUUAUCUUGUUACAGUUGUCAAAAAAGAACAUAUACAGUAACUAUCUUUUGCUGAUUUUGUUUUCUUGGCAAUGGGUGAAAUGUAAGUAUAUAAAU